CAUGGCAGCCCCCAUGAGAAAAAUAAAAAACGAAAAUCGUCUCGAAUUUUAGCUCAUUCCAGCUUGUGUUAUGAUCAUAUUCUUCCAUAUUCUGGUGAGAGUUGGUCAAGAGAUACUAGAGAUUUUUUUGGGGAAGAAUCGGUCAAAGACAGAAAGAGGAUCAUUGGAACUGGCAGUGCCCCCUAGUAAAACCACUGUUGAAGUCAUCAAAAUGGCUGACUAUGAUAGUUACGACAGUGAUGAAUUCGAGGUUAGUGGAGCUGUAUCGUUUUCCACUCAAAGUUACAACCAUCCAUCCACAAGUGACUAUUUUGGUGGAACUGCAAAGAAUUCUAAGAAUGAGCCCAAGGUGAAUCCUUUUAGUGGACAGGGCAUUGGACGCGGAACACCUUGGGGAAUGAAUGUCAAUGUAGGAGUGACAAAACCAGCAUCUGAUCGAGGACGAGGUUUUAAAACACAGUAUGUUGGCCGAGGGCAUCGUGGAACAGACAACAAUGAUUUCAAUCUAAGUGCAUAUGGUGGGCAUCAUGCUCAAAGAUAUGAUCAUGGUGGUGCUUCUACUAGCACUUGCAGAGGACGUGGGCAGUAUUCUGGAAGGGGCCAUGACAAUGUUUAUAGAAACCAGGGACAGUCGUCAGCUCAAAAUGACAGGGGUGGUGCCAGUCGAGGUCGUGGCGUCAGAGGACGAACAGACAUAGAGAAACUCGGUGGUGAGAAGUCACCAGAACAAUGGAUAAGUGAAAUUAAAUGGGCCGCUGCUCAAAAAGAGAAAAGUGGAUUGUCGUCAUUGUUGCGUGAAUGUUUCAGCUCCACUUCGAUUCCAUACAUGUUUGUUCUCUAUUUAAUUGAAGCAUGCCCAGAUUAUGGAAAUCCAAAAACAACAUCACUGUGUUUUCUAAUUCUGAAAGAAUUCGCCGACUGGAUCAACACGAAUGAAAAUAAAGCCAAGUAUUACAAACUAUUGAAUGAGAACAUUCGUCUUGAGGCUUUCGAAAUGGGAAGCCAUGGGAACAUGCUGUUGUUUGAUAACACUGUCAAGGCAUAUUCACUUUGCCAUAAUGGGAACACGUACUUCCUGCCGUUCAUCAAGUCCAUGCUGCUCUACCAUAGGUACAAGGAGGCAUCCAGUUGUGUCAGCAGGCUUGAUCUCCAUGAUCACUUUGAGACCAAGGAUAUCAUCCUUCCCUUGUUGUUCCAAGACAAAGUUAACAUCCUUGAGAACUAUGUGUUCAGAAAGAAGAAGGAACAAGAACGACUCGUCCAACUGCUUGACAUGUUAUGUGAGAAGGGAUUCUCAAUUGUUGAAUUCUCCAGGCAGUUCGACAUCCCAGACAUCCGAUUGGAUAAACUCAAGUACAAAACCCUGAGUAAGCUGGCUGUGAGGUUGUUAAAGCUCUACAAGAUCAAGGCUGAGACAUGCCCAAAUAUCAAUAACGCCAAAGCCAUGGGAGGAAUACGAUUCAUCAUGUACAAAAAAUACACUGAGAAAACCAUCAGCGACGAGGUGUGGGAAGAACUGGUAGAGUCCUCUAUCGGUGAUAACGUGACCCUACAGGAGCAGUUCGUGGACGGAUUGGUUGACUACCUGGACAUGGAGGAAGCAGCGAAAUGGGCAAUCAAGUACAAGCUACCUGACGAUAAAGUUCCUGACCAGAUCAGGCAGGCUAUGGCAAAUUAUACAGAACCAGGCCUCCAAGCGUCAUUACCAGCACCUGAUGGAGAUGAAGAUUGGGAUGCGGAAUGCAUCAGUGAAGAUGCUGUGAAAGCCAGCUACUAUCAUACACUUGAAUUCCCCAGAGAGAAAAUCCAGUGGAUCGAUGACAAACCCGGUUUUGAAAGAUGUCUUGAUAAGAUAACGGUGACUGGUGUGACAGUCGGGAUUGAUUCUGAAUGGCGGCCAACUUUUGGUCAGAUGGAGACCAGGGUAUCGUUGAUUCAACUGGCAACGGAGGAGGAGAUAUUUUUGCUUGAUGCCGUGCGGCUGUACAAGUGUCUAACAGACGAAGAUUGGCAGAAAUGGGCUGAUAGAUUCUUCUGCAAUGCUCAUGUGAUUAAAUUAGGUUAUGGUAUCACCUCUGACUUACAGAUGAUCGUGAAGGCCUUACCAUGCAUCAAGGAGAAUAUGGCCGGUCUUGUAAGAGUAGUAGAUCUGCAGACACUCAGUCAGUCAAUAUUAAAGAUCUUCCCCGAGUUCUUCGUACCAGACAGGACACCAACGUAUGUGUUCGACGUGGAUGAUAAUGGCGACAUUGAACCACAUGCCGUAAACACGGACAAAAAUCAAAACACAUCUAUUAAAAGGCAAAAAUUGAAGUACAGUGACCUGAAGAAACAGCAGAAGAACCGUGGCAUGGAUGAUGAUGAUGAGGACGACUCGGAUGAAGAAUCAACCGGUGCCGGGGCGACAGGAUCGUUCAAAAAAGGCGAGGAGAAGGGUCUUAGUGAUGUGGUGAGGAUGUGCUGUGGGAAACCCCUUGAUAAGACACAGCAGAUGUCAAACUGGGAGAAGAGGCCUCUGAGGGAGGCACAGAUCAUAUAUGCUUCACUGGACGCCUUUGUCCUGCUCGAAGUCUAUGAUGUCAUCAGGAGUAUAGCUGCUAAGAAAAGCCUCGACAUCAACAUGGAGCCACGUAUCUCAAUGAAAUGGCUGAAAGACAAGAAGUCGAAGAGGGAGAAAAUACAGGAAAAAAAACAACAGAAUGUUGCUGAGUUGACGGCCAAGGAGAUUGAGAGGAAGAAGAACGAGAGACGACAAGCGAGGGAAAAGUUGUCUGAACCCUUGACGCCAAUUUUCCGUGACCCCAUCACACCUCAAGACUUCCACGUUGUUGUUGACAACAUGUUACAGGGUCUCGGCAAGCAGUUGAGAUGUUGUGGCUGUGAUGUCCUUAUCUUGGAGAACCAUGAUGACCAUGACCGAGCAGGGGUGAUUGGUGCUAGAGAAAACAGAAUCAUUUUAACGUCGGGUGCUCCUUAUCUCACAUUAAGAUCAGCCGUCCCUGAGGGCUAUUGUAUGAAUGUCCCUAACACUAUGGAUGCCAAGGAACAAGUUGUGGAAGUCUUGGAUAUGUUCAAUGUCAAGGUCACACAGAAAGAUAUCUUCAGUCGAUGUCAGAUCUGUAAUGGAAACCAAUACGCGUACAUUAAACAAGAAGAGAUGAAGGCCGCCUGGCUCAGACGGCGUACAGACGACCCAACAACCGAACGAUUUCACUGCCCAUUGAGCGAGCUGAAAAUCUCCGGUCAAAUCAACUUCAGUACAAUGACAAUCGGAACUGGACAAGUUCCGCUACAACUGGACAGUCUUCCCGAAGCUGUGAUUGAUGCCAUCGACUUGUUUUUCUGCUGCCUGAGCUGUGGCAAAAUCUACUGGGAGGGUAGCCAUUUUAAAAAAGUUUGCGAGCAGUUUUCACGCAUAUUGAAGACAUGAGCAAAAGUUGUAAUGUUAUAUUUAUUCUGCUGUGUGAAAUGGGAUGGAAACCUUGGCAAGUUUUAGAAUUGACUGCUUGGGGAGUUGAUUACCCUGCUAUCCAUUUAACUUGGUGAGCCAGGUACUGAUAAAAUCAAAUAUAUUUUCGUGAGUUAAGUUGGACAGAUUUUAGACAGCUUUAAUAGGCUUUAUCUGACUCUCCCAGUUGCUGCUUCAGUACAUGUAGGCCUACUGAUUCUGAAAUGUUGACAAUGUUCUGUUAUGUCUGGCUAGCUUCCGGAUUAUCACCAAAGUACAUUUUUGUAAUUUUAUACUCGCCAUAAUAUUUGUCUUGGGCUACCAUAUGUCCUGUAAGGGCAAUCUCCACUUGAUGUCCUGACUAGUAUGUCUAUUUGGUUUGCCUGUUCAUAUGUAUAUCUUAGAUUUCAUCUUAAAAAUAUCAUCUACAACACCAUUCUGUGACAACAGGCAUCUUCAUCUACCAGAACACAUCAUGUUGUGCUUCCAGAACUGACCACCAGGUGGCUCAAUGGGUGAUAUGAAGAAAGACUAGCAAAUGCUUUUACUCCGGUUUUGUACAGAAAGGCCUGGUGUAAAUGUACAUGGAGAUUUAGAUAAAAGCAUUUGCUAGUCUUGCUAGUCAUAUCACCCCAUGUCUGUGUUGAUUCUUUGCUGUUGUUGGUAUGUUGCAGAUGUGAUGAAUUUAUUUGUGCUAGGUCCAUGGACCAUGUUCACGCCAUAUAUUAAUAAUAAAAUGUAAAAAUCAGUAGUUAUAAGGACAGACGUUGUGUUCAUUGCUUUGGUGAGGUUUCAACACAGAAAAGUACACCGUGGAUACUAUACCAGUUAGAGUACAUAACGAUGUAAUCUCUUGGUAUUUCCAUAAUUGGAAAAUAGUCCUGUUGAACACAAAUAAAUCAACUUAAGUAGGUUAUAGAGGGUGAUAAUCAUGGCUGACUCUGCAGGCUCUUGUAAGAGUUCAUGGUACAUGUACAUAGUGGUACCCUUUGAAGUGCAAUAUUUCAACGGGGAAAUGAUUGGUCUGGAAUUGGAACAGGUCGCAUAAGCGUAUAAUGAUACAGAAAACCGAUUUCAAGCUUUGGUGUAAAUCAAUUAUGGAUCAUCAACAUUUGACCUUACGAAUGUACUUUGUGAAGUACUAGUUAGUUUCAACUCGUAACUAUUUGAAUACAAAUGGCGAUUGAGUGCACUAGGUCAGAAAAAACAUUCUGCCCUCGACAAAUUUGUGGGAAUCCACUGGCAAGAAAUGGCCUUGAUCAUGUUGAUUAUAAAAUUUGUGAAC